CGUCGUCGUGCGUCGUCUACCCGACAGAGCAAACCGCCGCAAGAGCAGGAGCAAGAUGGGCAUCGACAUCAAAAACCACCACGUCAAGAAGGGCCAGCGCACUGCGCCCAAGAGCGAGGAUCCGUAUUUGCUCUUGCUCGUCAAGCUGUAUCGUUUCCUUGCCAGGCGUACGGACUCGGCCUUCAACAAGGCCAUCCUCCACCGUCUCUUCCUCUCGAAGACAAACCGCCCGCCUAUCUCCCUUUCGCGCAUCGUCAAGGAGACCCAGAAUGCGUCUGACCGUGAUUCCCAGGUGAUUGUCACGAUCGGCACAGUCACUGACGACGUGCGCCUGCUCGAGGUGCCCAAGCUGUCGAUUGCUGCCCUGCGCUUCACUGCCGCGGCCAAGGAGCGCAUCCUCAAGGCCGGCGGCGAGGUUCUCACCCUCGAUCAGCUUGCCCUGCGUGCGCCCACGGGCGCAAACACCAUUUUGCUCCGCGGCAAGCGCAACACGCGUGAGGCCGUCAAGCACUUUGGAAUGGGUCCCCACAAGCAUAAGAGGCCCUACACCACUUCCAAGGGCCGCAAAUUCGAGCGGGGUCGUGGUCGCCGAAAGUCGCGCGGCUUCAAGGUCUAAGCAACACCUGCUGCCGCAAAAGCGACUUGCCGUCGAUGGAUGUCCUGGGUUGGGCAGUAUGCUAUGCUCCUGGUGGUUGGCCUGGGAUAUGUACCUGUACUACAUGCCUUACAUUCAAAAGGGUGACCAUCUCACGAUUCAUAUGUUUAUCUUUGCAUCCUCUAUACAAUGCGUAUGGCCAUCCCUUAUGUUCGUUUCGCGGCAGUAUCUCGUCAUCAAAAAGGCCCGAAAAUUUGCAACUUGAACCCUAACUGAGCCUAGGCUGAUGGGGUGUCGUUGCCGGAGCUCAU